AUGCUUUCAUCAUCAGGUUCAGGUGAUGCCACUCGGGAAAUGUUUUUCGAUGCUUCUGAUGGUGGUGGUAGUGGUGGGAAUGGCUCUGCCUCAGGGAUGCGAGAUUCUAUGGAUGAUGAAUAUAGCCAAAAUGAUUUUCAAAUUCCCGAAGCCUUUUCUAUUCGAUCACCAACAGAUUUCAAUGUGUGGUUGGAGAGUUUAUUUGCUCCGACCGUGUUGGUCAGAACAACAACGACUGUAGAUAAUAUUUGUAUGAAGAACGGAUUGAAAUUUAUUGAUUUGUUGAGACCAUAUCAAACAACAAGACAGUUAAAUUAUUCUACCAUUACUUUACAAAACUUUUCAGUGAACUUUGUUCAGAUGAGUGACUUGCAUAGAGAAUAUGGAGAGGAUGGAAACAGAUUCACUAAUAGAACAGAUCUUCUUCUACGAGAGAAGACUCAUCAGAAUUUUAUAGGAUACAUUAUCAGACAGAGCUAUGACCAGUAUUUGGCCAAAACCAAGCAAUCAGCGUUAACCGAAGACUUUUUUGACAACACACCGUGGUUUGACAUUUUCAGAGAUGAAUUUAUCAAAACUUUGAAUAUUUCCGAGCAUGAGACGUUGAUGCAUCCAGUUGCAUGUGUAUCAGUUUUGUCAAGCGAAGAAGUUGGAGAUCCAAUUCAAAUUUUGAAGGGACUAUUCGAUCCUGAUAAGCCACCUAGAUUAUUUAAAGAUUUAAUGAUCGAUAGUGACAUUUUACAAAUUGUAAUUAUGGUACAUGACCAAUCUUCUCAGGCGACCUCAGAAAAAGCAAACUCAAUUUUUAACAAGGUCAAAGAAAAGUAUACAGCAUCAUCAUGCAGAAUGCUCAUUUUGAACUCGAGAGAUGAUUCAAUUGAAAAUAUUGUUGAAGAUAUUUGGUCAUCUGUACUUCCAAGACGUCAACUUUAUCAAAAGCGAGUGUUACAGAACAUUGUCCCUACCGCAUUUCAUCUUUCUAAACAGGAUUUGCAAUAUAUUGGAAGUACAGCAGACUUUAUUUUGAAUCAAGUUGUCAUCUCAAUGGAUACGAAAAUUAAGAAUAUCACAAACACUGUAUUAGCUAACAAGAAAGGUUUAAAGAAUACCAUCAAGUCCUGGUUCUCUAAGAAGAGCAAGGCAGAAGAGGAGGGAAUUAGUCCUGAAAUGCAGUUGCGACGGCUAGCAGACCUUCUUUUCAUGAUUCGUGAAUACGAUGAAGCGUAUUCUAUUUACAAGCUCAUCAGUGGUGACUUUAAAAACAAGGAAGUGAAAAAUUAUGCAGGAUGCAUGGAGUUUAUGGCUAUUUGCACACUUCUUAGCUCAUCAACGCAAGGUGGGGGCAAGAAAGAAGUUGAAAGCAAUUUGGAAGCUGCAUUAACGGCAUACAAGAAUGCAGCACAACCUUCUUUUGUUUUGAGAUCGUUAUUAUUCCAAGCAUGCAUGUAUAAAUCAAAAGCUCUAUUUAAGAGAGCUGGAGAAAUAUUUACAAGAGCAUCCAACGUGGAUGAGAAUAAUUUCUUACAGGCUGCCCUAUUUUUCGAACAGACUGCUCUCUGUUUUAAAGGCCCAAUGGAUAGACUAACAAGAAAAUCGGCUCUAUUUUUGAUUUUGGCUGGAUAUAGAUUUAGUCACACGGAUCAAAUUAAGCACUCUUUUAGAUGUUAUAGAACAGCAUUUAGAAUAUAUAACAAUAAGGAAUGGUUGCAAAUCUAUGAGCAUAUGAGCUUUACUUUGGGUAGACUUGCAAGUCACAUGCGAGAUUUGAAAUCAAGUGUCGAAUUUUUCCACGAAUUUAUGACCGUUUGUAAACAAGGACCUGAAUAUCAAACCAAGUUUAUGGAGGAAUUUUCUCAAACAGUUACAGCGUAUCUCUCUGACCUGAAAUUGAAAGGAAAUUCAGAUGCUAAACUCGACUUUUUGGAUAUUCCUAAAAUUAAUCCAUCAGCAGUGAGAGUAUUAUUGAACUCUCAGUACGGAGAACCUGUUUAUACAGACACCCUACCAGAUGAGGAAUGGGCAAAAUUAGAGGAAACUCUUGUUAAAAAAGUGAGAGGUCCAAUUGUAUUCUUUAAAUGGGAAAAGCCAUCAAACGACAUGAAACGGAUUGAGCCUACAGUUGUAGGUGAACCAAUCUAUGUAGAGAUCAAGUUGACAAACACAUUAUCUAUUCCUGUUCAAGUAAGGGAUAUGGCUCUUGAUGCAUUCCUUAAUUCUAAAACAUUACCAGAAAAUGACAGGGGAUUCACAGCAGAACCUCUUAGUGUGGUCAUUCAACCAUUGGACUCGAUCCUUGUAAGAUUAAAAAUUACUCCAACUCAGACAGGAGAUCUCUCUAUUCGAGGAGUUCGAUGGAAAGUGCUUAACAAUAUUCAUGGAUUCAAGUUAUUCCAAGUGAGAGGAAGAAGAUUGAAUGACACAAAACAGCAAAGAACAACCAUCCAAUAUGAACAAGAUAAUCGACUAAACCUCAAAGUAGUCGCUCCAACCCCAUUGCUCGAUGUUAAAUUUACCGAAAACAUUGAAGUGUUGUGGAAUGGAGAGCUUAAAAAAACCAAAAUGAUUGUCAGCAACGUGGGAAAUGCUGAUUUGAUCAACCUCAAGUUGAAACUCAACCAUCCAUCUAUUUAUUAUCUUUCUGAUGACCUUUCUUUGAAUGAUUACACGUUCAUUGAAAACGCUGCUUCAAAAGAUGAAACAUUUAUUUCUAAUACUUUUGGUAUUGAACGUGACUUUACAUUUUAUGAUAUUGCUGAACGCUUGAAGUCAGGAGAAAGCAUUGAAAUUCCUGUUUUUGUGAGAGGAUCAUUCUCUGGUAUUCAUGACUCAAAAUUCCUAUUUUAUUAUGAACCAACUGAAAAGAAUGACGACCUCAAGUAUCGAUUGCACAGAUUCCACACCACUCUAAAGGUAUUGGACUCGCUUAAAAUUACUACAUUUUGUGACUCUACCUACACAGAGCCAAAUUCAUUUAUUUGUGGUCUCAAGUUACAAAAUUUCAGACCUGAUCACUUUGUACAACUUGAUCAGUUGGUGAGUGUCAGCCCUCUUUGGGAGAUUGAGCCAGUAGUGCCACCCACAGAGCCAAUUAUUGUCUUACCUAAGGAAUCUUUUACUUUAUAUUUGAAGUUAAAUAAGAAUGUCACCCACGAAAAGAAGGUUAAAACAUUGAGCACAGAUGUUAAACAAUUGACCGAAGUGGAGCUCAUUCAUCGUUCACAUCCUGUUGGAGGUUGUAAUAGAAUCAUCGAUACCACAAUGAAACCAUAUUUACAAUUCCUUUUUAGCGAAUCAAAGAAGCAUGAAUUGACAUUCUAUGGAAGAACUCUCACAACCGAAAAGGGAGAUGAAUUAGUCGACAUUGAAGAACAAUUGAAUACUUUGAGUUUGCAAGUUAUAUGGAGAUCAAGAGCUUGUAAUUUAGGUAUUACUUAUCAUAGUAAGGUUUCCUUCCUUCCUCACACUAAAAAACCAAAACGAUCACAUCCUGCUGCCAAAUUCCCAUCAAAGGAAAACCUUGUAUGCCCCAUUGAAGUGAUUUUGGAAUAUGAGAAGGAAAUUAUUCACCAAUUUACUCCUUCUCAACCCUCAUGCACCGUAGAUAUUAUUGUCAAACUCAUGAAUGUUUCUCCAGAUAUGGUCACCGAUUUCACAUUGGAAUUAAUACCACCAUUUGCUUCACUUGCUCUGGCAGGAAAUGCUAAAUUGCGUGCCAUGUCCACUGCAACCAGUUCAGCAAGUACCAUUACUAUUUCACCUCAAAACUUUUACUUGUGGUCUGGCCCUACCAGAAUUUUCCUUAAAGAUGUCAAACCAGGCUCUGACAUUUUGAGCAUACCUGUGAGGGCGACAUUCUUCUCACCAGGUAUCUUCAACUUGAAUCAGUUUAGAAUUUCAUGGAAAUUUUUGGAUUCUGGUAUUGCAAGAGUAAUACCACACAGCUUUAUUGAUGAACAAUAUCUGAUUUCAGUGACUCAGCCACCAUCCACGCAACCAGUGCAUGUUAUGGAUGAAUUACUUUAA